CAUUUCUGAGACUUUAUUCAGCGUCCGCAACGAUGAAUACAUUGACUAAACUAAAUAUUUUACGACAGCAAUUUUGUUAACAACAUAAAAACCCGUUGAUUCUGCGCGUUGUAGAGUUAGAGACUUGUGUUUGUUGUGUAGCGUGAUGCUGUGGGUUGAGAUCAGAUCCAGUGCUGCUGCUGCUGCUGAUGCUGCUGUUUAAGAACAGGAUGCGUGAACACUCGUCACGAGACCGCCGCGCGCAACUCCCUCACUACAGCAUCAAACGGAUAAUAUCACACAUUAUGGAUCCUCUGUCCUUUAUUUAAAAGAAAAGUGUGGCGCUUAAACCCCAAACAGACGCACAGAAGAUGGGGGAUAAGUUCGAGCUGCUGAAGAAACCUGUCAAUAGGACAGCUGUGCGGAAGAAGAACAAGAAUGAGAAACUGCGAUUACGAGUCAUCUUUUUAGACGACAGCGAGAGAGUUUUCGAGGUGGAGAGAAAGAUUCUGGGCUCUGAUUUCUUCAAUAAGGUGUGUGGUCAUCUAAAGCUGCUGGAGAAAGAGUACUUUGGCCUGGAGUUCCGUCACCAUACUGGCAGCUAUGUUUGGCUUGAACUCCUGAAACCAGUGGCUAAGCAAAUCAAAAAUAUCAGUGAUGUGGCAUUCCAUUUUAUAGUGAAGUUUUUCCCUCCUGACCCAGGACAAUUGCAGAGAGGCUUAACCAGGUAUCUGUUUGCCCUUCAGAUCAAACAGGAUCUGUCAAAUGGUAGCCUUACCUGUAACGAUAACAGCGCAGCCCUGCUGGUCUCUCAUAUACUGCAAGCAGAAAUCGGGGAUUAUGACGACGAGUUAGAUGCGCAUCAUCUUGAAAAUAAGCAAUAUGUGCCAAACCAAGAAUACUUGGAUCACAAAAUCAUUCGCUUUCACAAAAAGCACAGAGGUCACGCUCCUGCUGAAUCAGAUGUGCAUUUGCUGGAGGUUGCCCGGAAAAUGGACAUGUACGGGAUCCGUCCUCACCCCGCCCAUGAUGGAGAAGGCAUGAGGAUCAACCUUGCUGUCACACACAUGGGAGUACUAGUCUUUCAGGGAAACACAAAGAUCAAUACCUUCAGCUGGGCCAAGAUCCGAAAGCUGAGCUUCAAAAGGAAAAAUUUCCUCAUCAAACUCCACACUGAGACUGGGCCUUCAAGGAGAGACACUGUUGAGUUUUCCAUGGCCAGCAGAGAUGUGUGUAAGGCAUUCUGGAAGAUGUGUGUGGAGUAUCAUGCUUUCUUCAGACUCACCGAAGAGCCCAAGUCACAUCAAAAGUCCAUUCUGUCCAGUAAAGGAUCCAGUUUUAGAUACAGUGGCAGGACACAGAAGCAACUUCUUGAAUGUGUAGGCUCUGGAGACAAGAAAUAUUUGCCUUUUGAAAGAAGUUACUGCAAGUCUGAAUAUGACACUCGACAGUGCAGAUCCUCUCCUGACAUACUGACUGACGUCUCCAAGCAGCUAUUUGAGCAUCUACCUCCCAACCCAACUGUUGCUGGGCAACACAACGAACAGACAGGCGUAGCAAAGCGCAGCCUAUCCGCUGUGGAAGUCAUGUUCGCUAAUGAGCUGGAACGAUCCAGGCCCUUGUCACGAAAUCCUGCCUUCUCAAGCAACUCUGCCUCUCCCAAGCUCCGUUCCCUUUCCACAUCAGGAGCGGAACAUCGUGGAAGAGGAGCUCAGAGACAGAAGGCAAAGAGACGAUUGUCUCCUAGCGCCCAGCAUCUUGUGCUCCUCUAUCCUAACGCGCCCCAUCUACAGUUCCACCCAGUGCUGCCAACCUUCCCACUCGCCACUCACCCAUAUCUACUGCAAGACCACACAUCCUCAUCCCUAGACCACCUCCCUCAAACUCAUCACAAUCGUGUGCCUCUGCAAUACUUGCCCAGACAAAUUGCUCAUUCGUCCUUACCGUCCUCUUGCUUAUCGCCACAACUACAAAAGCAGCAGGAAAGGCUCCAUCCCGCCGGCCGGGGAGAAUCGAGAUUGUACCCCAGAGAAGGACUAGGACUAAGGGUUGGGUUGAAUAGGAAACUGGACUUGAGUGGAGUGGAAGCGGGGCAUUACAGCGAUGACUCCACCUUUCAGACCGGUUUACCGCGUCGAGCCUCAAGCCAACCAGACUUCAAAUUCCAGCGACCUACACUUGCCUCCAACGCCGCUGCUUAUGCAUCCGAGUAUCGCCCUCUGGGAUAUUAUCCACACCUUUCUCGACACCAGGUUCCUACCAGGCCCACCUACCUUCCGCUAAGUCCUGCCCCACUCCCGGAAAGACCCACUUCUUUAUGCGUACUCGGCACAGGUAGUUACAGUGAUUCAGAUUCAGACACUUUCUACCCCUACUUUCCUGCACUGGGUAAAGUGGUGCGUUCUGGUCCGUUGGCACGCAUGCGCUUUUCUUCUGGGAGCCUCCAACUUGAUGAAGAAGAUGGAGAGGAAGAGGACUUGGACUGCCCAAAUGAUGAGGAGAACGCAAUUCUCACCACUGUUAAGGUGCUUAAGUUGUAGCCAUGGGUAGAAUCUUGAACCUUGGCAGUGACUGAUGGGGCUCAACAAAUAAUAUAAACAGUUGGGGCCUGCAGACCUUGCACUCUUUGAAGAAAUGGCACAAAAAAAGUGUACACUUUCCAAAUGUACACCUUCGUACCUCAUUUAAUCCUAAAGGAUUCAUAUUAGGUACCUUAAAGGUAAAUCAGGGGUGUCCAAUUCCUUCCAGGCAGGAAAGGUGUUGGAGCUAAACUCCACAGGAAAGUGGCCCUCCAGGUGCAGGAUUGCACACCUCUGACCUAAAUUCUACAUAUUAGAACCUUUUGAAAGGGUGCUACCACAAUGACAGGUUUCGUACCAUUUUUUUUUCUGAGAUUGUGGGGUAGUAAUAAAAACAGGGGGCACAUUAUUAGUCAGGUAACAUGAGGUAAUAUUACUGUAAAUAAGAAAAAAACUUAUAUUUCAUCUUGAUUUGCAUCUUUGAUCUAAAGUUAUAUUUUGUCGUAAGCUGCUUUGAAAUUAUGUAAAGAGAUAGAUUACCACAAAAUGAAAAUUCUGUUAUCAUUUACUCACCUCCAUGUCGAUGCAAACACGUAUGACUUUCUUUCUUCUGUGGAAUACAAAAAGAAAAGGAUGAGCUCCAGAACUGGAUCAAUCAGAUGUGUGAAUGCAUCAUUUGUGAACUGGAUAGACCAAAUGAAAAGACUCAACACAUGAAUCAGGCAUGAUAGGAUAUUCUUUCAAUCUGUGUUCCACAGAAUUUGAAAACAUGGGGGUGUGUAAAUGAUGACUUAAGUGUCAUUCUUUGGUAAACUAUACUUUUAAUUAGUUAUAUUCCAUAAAAUGUACUGAGUAAAUAAUCAUUCUGUGGUGAUUCAAAGUAAAUCUUCAUUUUCAGGAAAAGUAAUACAAGUUAUUACUUUUUCCAAGUCCAUAAUGCAACUAAUUAUAACAACUCAAUUAGCUGAAAAUGAAAAUUUUUAAAAGAUUUUCAGAUGUCUGUGUGGCUGAAAAACAUUAGCAAUUAUUCCUUUGACAUUUGUGCUACCGUAGUGACAUGUACUAAUUACAUUUUUGCAAGGAUGUUAAAUUUUGUCUAUAAAAGAGGUGUCAUUUAUUAAAACGUCAUUCUCACCACUACAAUGUUCAG